UUCAAGUUCCUAAAAAUUUCAAAAACCCGCUUCUAUGUUCUAACCCUAAGAGCUAACUCCCUUCUCCCUCUCCUUUUCCCUCUCACGCACACAGUAACUUGGUCUAAUCCCUAACAGCAACUCCCUUCUCCGGCGUCCCAGAGCAGAUCUAUCCCCCUUGUACCGGCGGUCCUGUAGCAGUUCCAUUCCAUUAAAACCGGCGGCCUGUAGCAGUCUCCUCCGUACCCGCAGCAGCGCGCCAUAGCAGCAGUUCCGAUCCCCUCCAUUGAAACCAGCGGUCCUGUAGCUGCAGGAUGUCUCAAUAUAUUGAUAAGAGUUGGAUAAAUAAACCAAGAAAUACAGAAGCUUAUAUGAAGGGGGUUAGUGACUUUAUGGAAUUUGCAAAGAAAGGGACACAAAAUGGUUUCAUUAGAUGCCCUUGUUGCAAGUGUCAAAUUGAUAGAAAAAAAAUCUUACCACUAGAGGAGGUUGAAAGACACAGUUUGUUUAAAGGGUUUUAUAAAGAAUACAAGAAUUGGAUAUUUCAUGGACCUAUGACUGUUGUGGAGAAUGUGUGUAAUCAAAAAGGGAUUUCAUUUAUAGCUUCCAAUGAAUCAGAAAACUUAGGUCAAGAUGAUAUAUCGGGGUUACUUCAAGAUGCUUUUAGGUCAAAUAUUUUAGGUGACCAUGAGUUUGGUAGUGAACAUAAUGAUGAGGGGUUAGCUAAUGAGACAAUAGAGAAACCUAAAUUUCAAUGUGAAUUUGAUGAAUUUCCUACUCAACAACCUGAUGUGAACUCUUCUUUUGAAGAAGUCAAAUUUAGCAAGCUUUAUAAAGCUUUCAAUGAACCUCUUUAUGAAGGUUGGACUUCCUUUUCAAAGCUAUCACUCAUCUUGCACCUUUUUCACCUUAAGUGCUUGUUCAAGUGGCCGGAUAAAUCAUUAAUCUACUUGGAACUUUGAUGAACAUGGAUGGAAAAAGUAAAGAUGAUGAAUUUAAUCGCAUGUUUUUUGAAAAUACAAACGUGAAGCCACAUUUUUGGCUACAGCUUCAUAGUGACAAUGAAUUCAUUAUGCCACUCGCCCCAUAUUGUAUGACUGGGGUAGGUAAAGAGUCAUUCCUACAUGUUUUGGCAAGUAUUAAAUUUCCUGAUGGAUAUGGCUCAAACCUUUCAAGAUGUGUGAACUUGAAAAACAAGAAGCUUAUGAAUCUUAUGAGUCAUGACAACCACAUAUUAAUGCAAGAUAUCCUUCCAAUAGCAUUGAAAUCAUCUCAAGCCUCCAUCGUUAUUGAUCUUGUUGAUGAUCUAUCAUCAUUUUUUAAGUCUCUUUGUGCAAAGGAAAUCGAUCCUAAUUAUCUUGAUGCUUUAUAGUCCAAGAUAAUAGAUGUCUUGUGCCGAAUAAAGAUUGAAUUCCUUCCUUCUUUUUUCACUAUCAUGGAUCAUUUGUUAAUUCACC